AUCCCUGGGUGUGCAGUGAGUGCCACACCCCCGAGCACCGUUACCGCAGCAGCAGCGGUGGUGUGAUCAUGUGACGCCUGCAUUUCCGACACAACAAUACAACACCUUAUCGGUCUGCGUUCACGCUCCCACUCUCUUCCCCCCCUUCCCCAAGCCUCGCUCUCGGUAUGGCGGACGGCGAGAGGUCCCCGUUACUAUCAGACCUGGGAGAUGGUGCACUCGGCAGCGGUAACGGCGGGGUGUCUCCCGGUGCAGCGCCCUACGGUGUGCCCAACAAACCACAGAGCUUCCCUCCGUUCCCCAGCCCAACCCAGCCCUCGGUACUCCUAGGGGAGGAUCCUCCACCCUACUCCCCGCUCACCUCCCCGGAGAGUGGCAGCGCCCCCGUUAUCAACUGCAGGGUGUGUCAGAGCCUGAUCUCUGUGGAGGGAAAGAUCCACCAACACGUGGUAAAGUGUGGGGUCUGCAAUGAAGCUACGCCCAUUAAGAACGCCCCAGCAGGGAAAAAGUACGUUCGCUGCCCCUGCAACUGUCUGCUCAUCUGCAAAGUCACUUCCCAGAGGAUCGCCUGUCCCCGGCCCUACUGUAAGAGGAUAAUUAAUCUGGGUCCGGUUCAUCCUGGUCCGGCCAGUCCUGACCCUCAGCCAGCCGGGGCCCGCGUCUCCUGUGGACACUGCAGCAACACCUUCCUGUGGACAGAGUUCACAGACCGGACGCUGGCCAGGUGCCCACACUGCAGGAAAGUCUCCUCCAUUGGUCAGAGGUAUCCCCGGAGGCGGAGCUUGUGGUGUUUUCUACUCUGCUUGCUGUUUAGCAUUUCCACCGCAGGGCUGAUGGCUGGAACGUGGGUGAAGGCUCAGACCUACCAGGGGAUCUACGCCUCAUGGGCCGUGCUGCUGCUCCUGGUUCUCGUCACCCUGGCUCGGGCCUUCUACUGGGCCUGCAUGAGGGUCAGCCAGCCCCUCCAGAACUUCACAUAGAGCCCCCUCCAACCCUGCGGCACCCUCUUCUCAACCCGCCAGGCAGGAGGAAAGACGGCUUUGAAAAAAAAAAAAAAACACACACAAAAAACAGAAUAUUUAUUUAAAUCCAACUCCAGAAAGAAAAACAUUCUCUUCCUCCUCCUGUUCCUUCUCUUUUAGUCAAAUGUGUUUCUAAAACUGGAUGCCGGUGGCUGCGACUGCUAUAUAUCUAUCGGUAAAUAUGAUGAUGCGUGUAGCCUAAUGUACUGUUAAUCUAUUCUAAUCUUGUGGCCAGUGUGGGGUUCAUUUUAACAUUUUUAACACUUUUUCUUCUUCUCUUUUCCCCCUGCGCUGUUUAUAAAUUUUGGCUUUAGUCUGUGGCACAUCUGUUGCACUCUCGCAACUUCUAAGAUGAGGACUUAAAGUUAAGUCUUAGAUGUGAAUAUCGCUCUUGUUUUGGGGGGAAGGGGGGCUGUCCCUUUUCAGUCCUAAUUUGACAUUUAGGUUUAGUAUUCCAGCAUUUAACAUUUUUUUUUAAACAGAGAAACAAAUUAUUUUGUGAAAGCGGCAAUGAAGUCAGAUGAAGCUUAAACAAAAAAAAAAAAAAAAAAUCAAUGCCAGUAGAAGAUGACUGGAGGGACAUCAGCCUCCUUUUUUGUGAAUCAAAAGAUCAAGUAGUGUUGAAACGUGUCUGAAAAAUUGAAUUCAGCAGUAUGUGAAGGUAGGCUAUGAUGUGUCUGAACUCAGUGUUUAUGCUGAAUUAUCCCCUGGGACUGACUUUGAUCCAAAGCAGCUUGAAAGCCUUAAAAGGAGGUGUGAUGGAAGGAUUCAACAAACAGACCCAAACACACACACACACACACACGCACAGCCACAUGAAUGCUUACCGGUACACAAGAAAAGCAGGAUGCUCUUAGAGUUGCAACAGCUCAGAAACCAGUUUGUCAAACACACAUCCCAGCCUCUAUCUUCAAAGACAGACCAGUGAACACAUUUUCUCCAUACUGUUUCCCCACAUGUCAUGCGUGCUACUUUGCAUGAAAGCUGGGUAUUUUGUUCUGGUCCUAUCAGAGUGUAACCAAAUGUACAGCCCCUUGUAUUUUGAUCCAAACUGUAACCAAAAAGGUUUACGUUUUUAGAACUUCAAUUUUUUUCUUUUUUUAAAAAUUGUUUCACCCAUUUGUAUCGCAAUGCAAACUUCCAUCACAUCUUCGAUUGACAAAUCAUAAACAGCCAAAUGUGGCACAGCUGUUCCACUGAUUUCCAAGAGACAGGGUUACAGGGUAAAAUGGUGUGACCUUAGUCCAUUUGAUUUCUGGUCGGCUUUCCAAGACAGACCAAAACGUGAAACAAAACACAAAGAGCUAUGGGCUUUUAGACAUCAAUGUCUUCCUUAUCAUAGCCACAAAACCAUGUGGCUAUAAGGGGUGUUUUUAGAUUUGGUUUCUGUUGUUGGUUGCACUACACUGGUCUUGGCAGAAAGCUAAAAGCAGAACUUUCCAGCCUGUCCUUGUGUUUCCCUAGCAGAGGUUUGAAUG